CAGACUUGGCCGCGAUACGACAGCUGCUGGAGAGCGAGACGGGCGGCACAACCUGUCCCAGUUGUAACAUGCCCUUUGACAAGGGCAAAAAGAGAAAGCUGAUCGACACCUGCGGACAUGAGCGCUGCUACUCCUGCAUGUUCAGGAACGAAGCGUGCCCCAUCUGCGCCAGGAACAGUCAAGGGCGACGGCAAGUCAUGGAGAGAUACACGCCGUCCCCGCAGCGCCAGGAUCAAGACUGGCAGUCGCCGAUGCGGCUGCCCAAGCCGCCGAAGCAACCCACCAACCUAGCCCAGAGCUGCCCCACACCGCCUCACACCAGAAGAAGAUUCUUCCUCAGCCCCAAAUCCCUCCGAAGCCCCUUCGGCCAGCGCGCCUCCCGGCACUCGCACGAAGCCCACGUGCCUCUAUCCGGAUUACCAGAAGAAGGUCCGAGGACAGCGGCGUGGCCAAGCCUGGUCUUCAAUAAGAUCAGGUCGCUUUGGUCGGCACACUCGUCCGUGCCACAGGGGCUGAACCAGUUGACAGAUGAUGAAGGAGGCCACAUCAAGCAAGGCUACGAGUCGCGGAGACAGAACGACUUGUACGUGCGCCUCGGCCUUUUGCUCGGCGAGCGGCGCAGCGCUCGGAACAAGGCUCGGGACAGCUGCACGUCCCUCGCGUCUCUGGACGCGCAUACGCUGGCCUCACACAACACUAGCCCGGUGUCAACUCUAACAGGCUCCUCGGAGGUGGAGGCAGCCACGCCGUUAGGGCGAGAUUCGCUCGGCUCUCUGGCAUCAAUGUCGCUCUCCGCUGCCAGCAACUGUUCCUCUUCCAGCCCUGGCAGCAGGAGGCAUUCCGUCAAUGCUUUACAAAGCGGCAGGUCGGAAGAGUUGACCCGCAUGUCCAGUGGUUUCUUCAAGACCAGGAAGACUGCAGCCAGAAGGUCUGCGAGGGUCAGCAGCAAACAGUCCUCGUCUUCUUCAGAGAUUAAAAAAGUUCACCCAGCCCCUCAACUGACGCUACGACCUUUAUUCUUCGAAGUUCCAUCCACCGACAGCCAAAGUUGUUUCUCAGGCCGCCAAUGGCUGAUGAAAGACAUGGAGAAAGCAUUGGAAUCAAGUUCCUCAGGAAUCAUGAUCUCAGGGUGUCCAGGCACAGGAAAAACUGCGCUAAUACUGCAGUUGGUGGAAUAUUCCUGCUUUGGUCGGAAGAGGAAUUACGAAUAUGAGGAGCUCAGAGAACAAUCAGACAUCAGGGAGUUACUACCUGAAGAGUUAACAGCAGGAAUGUUUACUCAUCUGGCUUCACACGUCGUUGCUUAUCAUUUUUGUCAGGCUGACAACAACAGCACGUGCUUGGUUGGAGAGUUCGUCCAUUCCUUAGCAGCACAACUUUGCCAAGCCCCGAGGCUACAAGCUUACAGAGAAUAUCUCCUCAGUGAGCCACAUCUGCUAGCAUGUCUUUCACUCAAAGAGUGCAUCGCAGACCCAGACCUAGCCUUCAUGAGAGGCAUCAUCGAACCACUUAACAUUUUGAGGAAGAAUGGAAGCAUUGACACAGGCAAUAGCAUCAUUCUUGUCGAUGGCCUUUGCGAAGCUGAAUACCAUAGACCAGAUCACGGAUAUACCAUUGCAUCUUUUAUCGCAAGACACAUCGCUGAAAUGCCAACAUGGCUCAAAGUUGUAGCUACAGUCAGGACGCAAUUCCUAGAACUAACGAAACAGCUGCCAUACACACGACUAAGUCUAGACGAAUCUGAUAACGUCAACAAGGAUCUACUUGAAUACUUCAACGCGAGAGUUCAAGCCGCGCCCAUUAUAGAGACAAACAUCAAAUGCUCUACUGGAAAAUCCGAAGGAGUCCACAAUUCUGUAUUGAAAUUCGCACAAUACGUGCUACAUUUGAGCCAAGGCUCGUUUUUGUUCCUGAAACUAAUUUUAGAUUUAUUAGAAAAGAGUCAUAUCGUUGUGAAGUCGACAAACUACAAGGUGGUGCCGAUAUCUCUAGCACAGAUCUUCCUACUACAAUUCAAUUUACGGUUCCCAACAGUACAAUCGUUUGAGAAAAUCACGCAUAUUUUGAGCGUGUGCCUAGCAGCUCUCUAUCCGCUAACUUUAGUAGAGAUUUACUAUUCAGUAAACUCAUUGUUAGUGAACACUUUUCUACCGUGGGAUGAAUUCUGUGAUAGAUUUGAAAGCCUCAGUGAAUUCUUGGUAAAGAGAAUCGACAAUACCUACAUGUUUUUCCACCCCUCGUUCAGGGAAUGGUUAAUACGAAGAGAUGACAAUGAAAGCUCUAAAUUCCUGUGUGAUUUGAGGGCGGGGCAUUGUGGAAUAGCGUACAGGCUAUCUAGGGUACAAGCACCGUUAGAUUCAGAGAAGUCAAUGGAAUUAGGACAUCACAUUUUGAAAGCCCACAUGUACAGAAACCUUGGUCCAGCUCAACUAGGUUUGUGCCCUAGAGAUUUACAAGCGAUGAUGGUAGCCACAAGUUCAGCCAAUGUUGGUGAAGCUAUUGCCCAUUUGAGAAACAUUUACACGCCUAAUGUGAAAGUAUCUCGGCUGAUGCUUUUGGCUGGUGGAUCUCCAAAUCAGAUCACAGAAUGCCUUGGAAAUGCUCCGUUAUUAUGCAUGUACGCGUAUCAAGGAAUCCUUGCAAUGGUCGGAUUGUUGAUAGAGUUUGGAGCAGAUUUGGAAAUGACCAACUCCCAAGGAUGUACUGCGUUAUCUUUGGCAUGUCAACGGGGUCAUGUCGAUGUUGCCAGAAGACUUAUUGCUGCAGGAGCAUCACUAAGUCACACAGAUACAGCAGAACAAACACCACUAGUGCAUGCAGCUAAAAAUGGACAUAGAGAUACGGUGAUCUACCUUCUCGGCUGCCAGACUGGAAGGGAUGACAGGAAUUCUAUAGACAUAGAUGAAGAGAACAUAGAACAGCUAGUCCCAGGGUCCAGACACGCUCUCAUUGCUGCAGCGCAGAAUGGUCACUUGGACAUCGUGGAGUAUCUGCUAGAUACUGCUGAAUUAAUACCCGACGGUAUCUGUCCAGUGACAGGCGAGACUGCGUUGACAGCUGCGUGUUCAACUGGCAACGCUGCUAUUGCUGACGCUCUCCUCAUCAGAGGAGCGACUCCAUACUCUUUAAAUGCCCGACAGAUGUCGCCUUUAGCACUAGCUGCUAAGAAUGGGAGAACAGCACUGGUUUUGAGGCUAUUGGAUUCGGGCGCUGAUGUCAUGGGAUCGGGAGGGAAGAACCCUUUGACUUUGGCAGCAGCGGAGGGACACGCUGAUGUAGUGGAGAUGCUUCUAAAUCAUGGUGCGGACCCUGACGCGGUGGAUGCAGAUGGAAUUUCGCCUCUGGGAUGGGCGUGCUUAAGAUCAAGAAUACCGACAAUGGUCGUAUUGUUAGACAAAGGCGCUACCAUUGACCAACCCGAUCUCAGUGGAAGGACUCCCCUGGGUCUUGCCUGCGGUGGCCCAGCUGACCUCGUGGAGAUUCUUCUAGAAAGAGGAGCUUCGUUGGAGAAGGUGGAUCACAGCGGCUUAAGGCCUUUGGACAGAGCUAUUGGGCAGCGGAAUGUUCAUGUCGUCAACUGUUUCCUUAGAAAAGGUGCGAAACUUGGCCCCACUACUUGGGUUAUGGCGUCAGGCAAACCAGAAUUUAUGCUAAUACUGCUCAACAAACUAUUAGAAGACGGAAACAUGUUGUACCGCAAAAACAGACCAUCGGAGGCUGCCCACCGCUACCAAUACGCGCUGAAGAAAAUCAACACACUGAUCAGCGACGAAGGUCUGACCACGUCGGGAGCUCAGCCAGUGCCUCAUGAACACGUGUCAGCUUUUGUGCAGCUGAAGACACAUUUGCUGUUGAACUUGUCGAGGUGCAAGAGGAAAUUGAAUGAACCAUCAGAGGCUUUAGACCUAGCAGCUCGCGCGUCAGUUCUACGUCCAAACGCUUUUGAGUGCGCAUACGCUAUGGCCCGAGCCAUUCUAGCAUUGAACAAACCCUCCGAAGCCCUACCCCACGCCAGAAGAGCUUUACUCCUAGCGCCAUCUACAGACAUGUCAGCCGUGAGAACGCUAAAGGCCCUACAACAAGAGAUUCUCACAAGGAUCAACGCUGGGUCUCAUAGUCUAAAUGGUGACACUAGAUCUAUGAGAAACUUUGACACCAUCAGCUUAAAUAUGCCUUGAAACUGACAUUUAUUUAUGUACUAUAACAAAAUUAGCAAUAUGGAAUAUAUCUUACGUGUACAUAAAAAUGUAAAUGAUCAAACAUUCGAACGAAAGCGAACGAUUUUGUAGGGGUAAUAAAAAUGCUUUUAAAUUUUGAUUAAAAUAGUUAUCUGAUCAAGAUUUAAUUGUUUUCAUUUAAGUUUAAACUUAUAAACAUGAUUUACUUACAUAAUGCCACCUCACUGUACUUUUAUUUUAAGUUCUAUUUACUGUUUUAAUUGUAUCAAUAAUUUGUAUUAAUCUAAUAUGUAUAAUGCUAUUUGUGCAGAUAUAGUGAUAUCUCUUAUGUUAUGUGAUGAAAUAUGUUACUAUGUAAAUAGUUGUAGUCCUACUUAUUACAUUUUAUGAUUGACAUUGUACAUUGUCUUAUUUUAUUCAUUUUAGUUAAGCCUCGAAUAUAAUUGUCAUUUUGUAUUAUUGCUUGCCAUGGACACUUUGGAAUGCUUUAAUUUUUUGUUACGUUUAAAUAAAACAAUAGAAAAAAUAUUAAAAUUAAUUGGUGCCUUAAUAAAUUCAAGUUAGAGAAACAAUGCAAUGUAUAUUUAAAUAUUUUUGUUGUUAUUAUUUUUAAUAGGUUUUGAGUGAAACUCAUUUGCCCGCGCCCUUGCUUUAUUUUAAUUUAUUAAAGACAAGUUUUAUGAAAAAUAAUUUGUAAUAAAAUUAUGUAGGCAUGUGUUUUUGUGAGUUUUGGAUGACAUUAGAGUGGUUUAAAACUUUAAAAUAAUUUUCUAUUCUAUUUAUUUAGCGUUUGGUGAAAUUUUAAAUUUAAAAGUUAGAUGAAAUUUACAGUAAAUUAAUGAUGAUUUUCAUAAAAUGUUUGUUAAUUACCAUGUUUUAUGAAUUAUUCCUUGGUGGUAAAUAUUAAAUUAAUUUUUUGUUUAGUGUGUCCUAUAUUUUUUCCAAAAUACUGUAUUUAAAUACAGAUAGAGUACUUUUUAUAGGUUAAUAAAUUUACCUUGUUUGAGCUAUAACUGUAUUAAAAAAUAUAAAAACUGGUGUAACGUUUUGGAUUUUUAUAAAGACUGACAUAAAAUUGGUGACAUUGAAAAUGCUGAAAUCACCGUAUUGUAGACAGUUAAGGAGUAUUUUAAGUACAAUAGUUACUGUGACAGUACAUAAUUACUUUAAUUAUCUGAAUAAAAAUUUCAUAUUGCUUUA